AUUGAUCCCGCAGUGUCCGCCUUUGUUGACCUACAAAAUACACUCAUUUUACCGCUGAUACUGGAACUAGGAACAGAAGAACAAAAGCAAAAAUAUCUUCCGAAAGGGUGCACAGAAUGGAUCGGUUCGUUCUGCCUUUCCGAAUCCAGCUCAGGAUCCGAUGCUUUCGCCAUGAAGACUGUCGCCAAGGCGGACGGCGGUGAUUAUGUUAUCAAUGGGUCAAAGCUGUGGAUCACCAGUUCGAGCCACGCUAAGUUCUUCCUGGUGUUUGCAAACGCUGAUCCAUCGAAGGGACACAAGGGCAUCACUUGCUUCCUAGUGGACCGAGACCAGGAAGGAGUGUCAGUGGACAAAGAGGAGAAUAAAUUGGGAAUUCGCGCUUCAGCCACAUGCCCGGUCUACUUCGAGAAUGUGCGAGUGCCUAAGUCGGCGAUACUCGGUGAAUAUGGGAAAGGCUAUAAAUAUGCCAUUGAGUGUUUGAAUGCUGGCCGUAUCGGUAUUGGUGCUCAAAUGGUUGGUUUGGCGCAAGGAUGUUAUGAUGCCACCAUACCCUAUCUCCAAGAACGGAAACAGUUUGGAACACGGAUUAUAGACUUCCAGGGUAUGCAACAUCAAAUUGCGCAAACUGCGGUAGAGAUCGAAGCGGCACGAUUGCUGGUUUAUAACGCUGCAAGGAUGAAGGAGAACAACAUACCGUUCGUUAAGCAGGCCGCUAUGGCGAAGCUGUAUUCAUCGCAGGUAGCAUCAUCAACCACUUCAAAAUGCAUAGAAUGGCACGGUGGAGUGGGUUUCACGAAAGAGUAUCCCGUGGAGAAAUUCUAUAGAGAUGCCAAAGCAGGUACCAUCUACGAAGGCACAUCGAAUGUUCAGUUAAAUACGAUCGCCAAGCUGAUUGAUGCCGAGUAUAAGGGCCUCGUUUAG